AUGACUCUCAGGCCAAUUGGAUGGAUCUGUGGGGAGAUGGUGAGAAAAUUUGCUGGACAAGCCGAGAUGAUACAGAGAGCCUUCUUGGAAAUCAUAGAUGAGAUUAGGGAUGAAUUUCCAAACUUACUGAGACUAACAAGUUCAAACCAGCAAAGUGAUCGCACCGUGAAGGAAUCUGGGACAGUUAUGGGAAGGGUAUUCUCUUCAGCUCAUGGAGUCAUCAUUAGGAAUGGACUAACUAAAAUUUCUAGGUCUUCAAAAUCUAUUGCUACAUUCAUACAGCCACAGCUUGCUAAAAAGUUGGCAGAGCUGAAUAUGGUAACACGCCGUCUCUUGAAUACACUAAAUGGUCCCAAGAAACCUCUAUUCAGAGUGAAGAAUAGUACUUUGUUCUUUUACGAUGUCAUUUCUUACCCAGCAAAGACUGCCCUCACAAGUGUAAUGUGUGUUUCUUAUGCCACAUUAAUUUUUCUGGCAAUCUUCAUUAAUAAAAUACUAGGAAAAAUAAAAAUUCUUGUUGCAACACAAAAACCUUCCAGAGGAAGCAGCAAUGAUAAUGUUGAUGUGGAUGGAUUUCCUAGAGCCAGUGAAGCAGCAAGUAUCCCCAUACAGCAAGGAUCUUCAGAAUUUAUUAUGAAGGCACCAAAAAAUGGAGAGAGCAUCAAAACGCUGCUUUCAUCUAUGGAUCAAGAAAAUUAACUGCAAUGCUCCCUUAGAGUGUGCAUAUAUAUAUGUGACCUUUCUUCUUAUGCACAGACUGAUUUAUUAAAUGCAUGCAUGUAAAAGCAAAGCUAAAUAUUGUUCAGAAUAUAAGGGGGGUGUCCUAAAUAUAUAUUUGGUUGAAGUUGCACUUACAAAAUGUAUCUGUUCCGACAAAAUUCAACUUAAGAACAA